CCUGAGCAUUAAAACCUUUAAAAAUGAACAUUUUUUUGAAAAAAUUCUUAUAGAUCUUCUCCCGGUUAAUAACUAAGCUUAUUCUCAUUUUUGAGCGGCAGAUAACAAAUUUGAGAAUUAGGUCGCUCAAAAUUCAUUUUUCUAGAAUAUUAUGUGAAUAACUGUUGUAGCUUACAGUGCCUUACUAGGGUACUUAAGAGGAAAUUCAAGAAUAAAUUUACAAAAAUGCCAAAAAUUUUCUUCAUCGCAUGCUUCAUCCUCUCGCAAGUGCUCUUAUCAUCAUCAACUAACAUUGAAUGUAAUUUUCAAGGCAGUGAACUCUAUCCUGUCAUAGGUUACGUCUAUCUAUGCUCAAUUGAUACUGAUCCAUCCAUAACAACCCAAAAGUCAGCAGUCAUCAACACAAUUGAUGGAUUAGCGACACCAAAAAGAACUUAUAAUUUUGUUCAUGGCUUCUUUGCUAGCGAGAAGACAAUCCACUUCUUCCCAAAAGGUCUGAAUAAUUUUUUCCGACAUAUCGAAUUCAUUAAAGUUGAACGCUGUGGCUUAAAAGUAAUCCACCAAUCUGAUUUGGAGCCUUUUGUCAAUUUGCUAUAUUUUGACUUAUCCUACAAUUCUAUUGAGGUUAUAGAGGAAGGUCUAUUCAGCUAUAAUCCCAAAUUAAAAGCUGUUGGACUCUGGGAAAGUAAAAUAAUUCAUAUUGACUCAAAAGUCUUUGAUUCUUUAAAUGAUUUGAGUUGCAUAUGGCUUGAUAAUGUCCCUUGCAUUGGUUUUAAUGCUUGUGAGGAUGAUGAGAAGGUUAGGUUUGGAAUUGGAAAAGUAAAGAAGCAAUGCAUGAAUUCUAAAUUUUUGGGAUUCAAUAGGGAUGUUGAAGAGCUAAGCAAUGAUGCAAAAAUAUUGAAUUCUGGAGCUUUUAACGGGAAGCUGCAGAGAUUUGAAAGGAAAUUAAAUGAUUCUAAGUUGUCUGGAUUGUUUUAUUUGAGGGAGAAGAUUGAUAGGCUUAAGAUUUGAACCGUUGGACACCUUAAACUUGUAAACUCCUUAAACGUGUGAACGCCUUUAAACCUGUGAACCCCUUACACCUGUGAACGCCUUUAAACUUGUGAACUCCUUAAACCUGUGUACUCAAUAAACCUGUUAACUCCUUAUACCUUUGAACCCCUUAAACUUGUGAACUCCUUAAACCUGUGAACUCCUUAAACCUUUGAACGCCUUUAAAUUUGUGGACCACUUUAACCUGUGAACCCUUAUACCUGUCAACCCUUAAACUUGUGAACUCCUUAAACCUGUAAACGCCUUUAAACUUUGAAACCUCUUCAACCUGUGGACCCUUUCAACCUGUGAACCCCUUCAUCCUGUGAGCCCCUUAAACCUGUGAACCCCUUAAACCUUUGAACGCCUUCAAACCUGUCGACCUCUUCAACCAGUGGUCCGUUUCAACCAGUGGACCCCUUCAACCUGUAGACCUUCUGCACCUGUGGACCCCCCAAUAUUAUAUACCUGUGAGCCCUCCAAACCUGUGUACCCCUUUUAACCUACAAAAUGACUCUAAAUAAGAAAAUAUCAGCAAAUUUAAACCAACUUUAAAUGCAAUUCAAAUAAAAAUAAAGAAAGCAAUAAAAUCCAAACCAAAAAUCUCAAAUUUGCUCUCUCAUUACCAAUUCAAUUCCAUCUCAAUUG